CGGAAUAAUGCGAAGCGCUUUCUUCUCUCCGACUCUUCUGUCCCCAGCCAUGUGAACCGCCGCCUUGCAAGCGACCAUUGACGCCAAGAAUGGAUAUCGUACAGGCCUCGUUCCAAGCCUCCGUCGACUCGCGUGUGGAUCGCCUCAGCGACGUCGACCUCGAAGAUCUGCGAGUGAUCUUUCGCUACUUCGACACAGAUGGAGACGGCGCUGUCUCAGCAGAUCAAGCGUGCCGCAUGUUUGCGCUGCUGGGGCUCGAUGUCAACACUACCCAUGUCCGAGAGCUGGGGGAGGUUUAUCUUAAUGAGUUCAUUAAGAUCGUGGACAGCCAUGUGCAGGUUACUGCUCCUCUCGUAAGCAAAGUUCCCGAGGUAGUGGAGACUGCAGCACAAGAAGGAAACCCACCAGUCCAGCAGAUUCCAGAUCCCAGCGUCGAGGAGGUCGAGAGGACGCUGCAAAGUGAAAGGGCCAUGGAGAUUGAGUGGAAGCUGCUGGACACGUAUCGUCGAGGACGUGUGAGUAUGCAGGAGCUGAGACUUUUCCUCGCAAAUUGCCAUUCAACACUUUCGAUUGAUGAUGCGGAGAGAUUUCUCGAAACGUACAGCAACAGCACCAUGUGA